GGCACGACCAGCGGCGGCCAGGCGAGCGCGCCGCCCCGCUCGGCCCUCCCGUCCCGCCCCGCCGCCUCCCUCCCGCACCGCAGCCGCCAGCGCGGCCUCCUGCACCAUGUCGGUGGCCGGGCUUAAGAAGCAGUUCCACAAAGCCACUCAGAAAGUGAGUGAGAAGGUUGGAGGAGCUGAAGGAACCAAGCUAGAUGAUGACUUCAAAGAGAUGGAAAGGGGUGAAUAGGAGGCCCACACGUGCUGAUAAGAAAAGGAUUUCUUGGAGAAAGACAGAGAGGACCUAACUGCAGUGAGCAGCUUCUACGAUCUCUUUCAAGUGGGGAGAGGGGCCUGACAAAGAGAACAUGAAAGUGGAUGUCACCAGCAGGGCUGUGAUGGAAAUAAUGACUAAAACAAUUGAAUACCUUCAACCCAAUCCAGCUUCCAGAGCUAAGCUCAGCAUGAUCAACACCAUGUCAAAAAUCCGUGGCCAGGAGAAGGGGCCAGGCUAUCCCCAGGCGGAGGCGCUGCUGGCGGAGGCCAUGCUCAAAUUUGGAAGAGAGCUUGGAGAUGAUUGCAACUUUGGCCCAGCGCUUGGUGAGGUCGGGGAGGCCAUGCGGGAACUGUCGGAAGUCAAAGACUCUUUGGACAUAGAAGUGAAGCAGAACUUCAUUGACCCUCUUCAGAAUCUUCAUGACAAAGAUCUUAGGGAAAUUCAACAUCAUCUAAAGAAGUUGGAGGGUCGACGCCUGGAUUUUGAUUAUAAGAAGAAACGACAAGGCAAGAUUCCAGAUGAAGAGCUUCGUCAAGCUCUAGAGAAAUUUGAUGAGUCUAAGGAAAUUGCUGAGUCAAGCAUGUUCAAUCUCUUGGAGAUGGAUAUUGAACAAGUGAGCCAGCUUUCUGCACUUGUGCAAGCUCAGCUGGAAUACCACAAGCAGGCAGUCCAGAUCCUGCAGCAAGUCACGGUCAGACUGGAAGAAAGAAUAAGACAGGCCUCAGCUCAGCCUAGAAGGGAAUAUCAACCUAAACCACGAAUGAGCCUGGAGUUUCCAACUGGAGACAGUACUCAGCCCAAUGGGGGCCUCUCCCACACAGGCACUCCCAAGCCUUCAGGUGUCCAAAUGGAUCAGCCCUGCUGCCGAGCUCUGUACGACUUUGAACCUGAAAAUGAAGGGGAGUUGGGAUUUAAAGAGGGCGAUAUCAUCACACUGACUAACCAAAUUGAUGAGAACUGGUAUGAGGGGAUGCUGCAUGGCCAUUCAGGCUUCUUCCCCAUCAAUUAUGUGGAAAUUCUGGUUGCCCUGCCCCAUUAGGAUGUUAUGCUGGCUGGCUCACCUCCUCUUGACUCAGAUAGUUACGGUUAACCACUGCUUUGGUAAUGCUGCUUAUAACACAUCCCAAGUGCAGGCCGCAGUGGUCCACGUCAUCCAGCCCCACCAAGUGUAUUUGGUUGACUUGUGGGCUCCCACAGGAGUCAUGGUGAUGGAUGAUAUCCUCUUAGCCUGGUGGGCAUGGCAUGUGCUUUUUAAAACAUCAUCUGAGACCAGCCAGUAGUCACAGAACUGCUGUUUACACAGUUCUCAGGAGGCUGUGGUUUCUUAGAAUAUGACCACGAGCCACAUCACAGAAAAACCUUCCCACCGAAGAUAUUGUCUAUCACCCCAGGGGGGCAUCUGAAGGUCUUUUUGCAUUUCUCCAUGCAAAGAGGAGAAAGCUUUUGCUUUCACACUGUCCCUUCCCAAAUAUGUGAGUCAUGGAAUUGUCAAAGUAAGCCUUCCCUCACCAGCAAAUUGUCUCCUGAUCUGAAUGAAUUUGUCUCUUAAUGCAUCCCUAGAAAAGUGUUAAUUGUGGGUUCAAAGCAUUCUCUGCAAACAGGCAUCUCAGCUCUUCACACUUAUGGCUAUUUCUGAGGUAUAGCCAGUUUUCUUCCCUCCUUGCUACUAAAGCCAGAGCGGUAAUUCCAAAUUAUUUUUCAGUAAGACAGUUAAUCAGCAUUAUUGUGAGAGAGGCUGAAAAGAAAUUCUCCAUUAUGAGGAAAUGGGAAGAAAUCUGGUAUCCAAGCUUAAAUUUCUUGGUGUACAGAAACUCUGUAUGUAUUUAGGCUAUUUCUGAAGGGCACAGGGAAGGGGGAACAAAUCUCUUCAGUUAUAUUUGUGAAUUACAUGUUUCAUGAAUCCAUUUGGCACAGAGACACGAGGAGGAAAACACUAGUAACCAUCUUUCCACUAGUUCAUAGACUGAGAAACAGUAAAUACCUUUCCUUUCCACUUUUACCCUGUGUUCUUUGAACAUCAUUUGUGCAGAUUCUGCCCUCAAUGAGGACCAAAUAAAGAUGAUUUUUGUGCUUAGCAGUUUAAGGUAUAUGGCUGCAUAUGCAAAACUCUUUCCCAAUUCAGUCGCUACUUUUACUUCUGCCCCUUCUAUCCAUAAUCUUCAUUUUGUGUAUACAGUGCUGUGUGUAAGCUUAUCAGUGUUUUUUUGUUUUUGUUUUUGUUUUGUAUCAGUCAUGAAAGUCCUGUUAGGUAUCCAGAGUUCUAUUUAUCUAGCUGUACAGACUCUUUCAGAGGUUUAACGUGCUGCUUCCGAUGUGCCACCUGCAGUAGCGGAUCAUGUGGAGUGAAAGGCAAAUCUUACUGCUUAAUGUAUAAACUCUCACCACAGGAAGCAUCGCUGUUUCCAAUAAAUAUUGCUGAAGACAGAA